GUGCCUGGAGAUAUUGAUGAGGUGAAUGCACUGAAGCUGCAGGUGGAUCAGUGGAAUAUUCCAGAAAACCUUGGUGACCCCAACGUCCCGGGUAAGAAAGAAAUCUCUCGCAUUCAACAACAAUGCCUGUCUUGAAUGGAGCAACUAUGUAUUGCCCUUUCUUUGAAAAGUGUUGUCGAGGCUGGAAACAUUACUGUAUAUUGAACAGUCUGCACUCCAUCGUGCCUGGGGGACAGCAGAGGUGUGGGCGUCAGACGGGUUCUGUGUACAGUGGAAGAAGAGGGGGGGCUUGGUUUUUAUCUUUUUAGUUGUGGUAAAUGAAGUAAAAGAUUGUUCUCAAAUGUAGGGAAAAAUAUAUAUAUUAAAAAAAAAAAAAAACAUCUCACUCCCCUAGCGUCUCUGCUGAAGCUGUGGUACAGGGAGCUGGAGGAGCCGGUCAUCCCUCAGAGCUUCUACAAGCAGUGCAUCAGUAACUAUGAGGAUCCCGAAGCAGCGAUCAGAGUGGUGCAGUCUCUGCCUGAACUCAGCAGGACUGGUGCUCUGUUACUUUAUACACUUCUUACAGGUAACACUCCUACAUAUACACAGGUUGGUUAUUUAGCAACAAAUCGAUUAUUGCGCAACCGUGGAGGAAAACAGGCGGGGGUUAGCUUAGAAUCAAAGGAUUGUUGACAACAUAUAAACUACACUGAGUGUACAAAACAUUAUGAACACCUUCCUAAUAUUGAGUUGCACCCCCUUUUGCCCUCAGAACAGCCUCAAUUCGUCGGGGCAUGGACUCUACAAGGUGUCUAAAGCGUUCCACAGGGAUGCUGGCCCAUGUUGACUCCAAUGCUUCCCACAGUUGUUCCCACAAUGCUUCUUGAUACACACGGGAAAUUGUUGAGUGUGAAAAACCCAGCAGCGUUGCAGUUCUUGACACACAAACCAGUGCGCCUGGCACCUACUACCAUUCCCCGUUCAAAAGGCACUUAAAUCUUUUGUCUUGCCCAUUCACACUCUAAUGGCACACAUACACAAUCCAUGUCUCAACUGUCUCAAAGCUUUAAAAUCCUUCUUUAACCGAUCUCUUCCCCUUCAUCUACACUGAUUGAAGUGAAUUUAACAAGUGACAUCAAUAAGGGAUCAUAGCUUUCACCUGGAUUCACCUGGUCAGUCUGUCACGGAAAGAGCAUGUUCCUAAUGUUUUGUACACACAGUGUAUAUUUCCUCUCCAAAUCUUUAUUGAAAACAUACAUUUGCACAAUAAGCACUUGUCUCUCAAAUACAUUGUUACAGUUGUUGGUUAGCUAGCUAGCUAGUUUUUGCCAUAUUAGCAUAGACGUGACAAGAGUCAAAACAAGACAUGGUGUCAAUAACAAGAUACAACGAGCUGAAACGAGCCACCUACGAUUCCCCACUUGUCAUUGUUGCUAGCUUUCUGGCCAUCCAGAAUCACAACUCAGACUUCUGCCCAAUCGGCGCGCGCAUCGUUUUCGGGACAUUGUCAGCUAACCCAUCUAUAGCUCUCUCUCUCUCGUCUACCCACUUUUUCUCUCUCUCUCUCCUCUCUUGAUGGAUUGAUUUAUUGGGGAAAAAACAUGCACUGAGUAUAACCAAGGGGAUAACGUGUUAAAGUGAAAUUCACUUGUUUCCAUCGUGGUCCCUCUUUAAAGGUCACUUUGUAUGUUUUGAAGUUAUACCUACAUAAUAACUAGAUGUAUUAGUAUAAACAAAACAAACACCACAUAAAUGUCUCUGAUCUUGACUCUCAUCCUAAACUCAUCCACUCUCUCUAUCACAUUCUCUUUCCUGCAGGUGUUUGCCCAGCCCGUCAAUGUGAGUAAGACGAAGAUGGACGUGAAUAACCUGGCCAUGGUGAUGGCUCCCAACUGUCUCCGCUGCAAGUCAGACGACCCACGCGUCAUCUUUGAGAACACGAGGAAGGAGAUGUCCUUCUUACGCACACUCAUUGUUCACCUGGACACCAGCUUCGUCAAGGGCAUCAUC